UUGCGCUCAGUGCGGAGAGCGGAGCGGAGGACCGACUGCCAGGCAGCGAAGCUGAAGUGCUGUUAGUCGCAGCUGAGAGAUAGCAGCAGAAAGGCAGAUAGGAUUGUCAUCUUCAUGCAACUGCGUUGAGAUGACUCGGAAGAUGCUGAAUGCAGCUUUGUUGUGCGUCUGUGCAGUCGCCUGCUGUCAGGUUCUCCCGGCAGCAGCCAGAUCGGACGGCGGCAAUUUUCUGGAUGAUAAAUGGCUCACCGGACGCUGGGAUAAAUUUCGAGACGAGGUGGAGGAGCCUGGAACCUGGAAUCCUGGCAAGCCUUUUGAUCAAGCUCUGGACCCUGCCAAAGACCCAUGCCAGAAGGUUAAAUGCAGCCAUCACAAGGUCUGUGUGGCACAGGGCCACCAAACAGCAAGUUGCGUCAGUCAAAGGCGGAUGAGUUUUAAAGUCGGCCUCUCUCAGAACCCAAUAUCUUCAAAAUGCAAGCCAUGCCCAGUUGUCCAUCCUGACCCUGUGUGUGGAACUGACGGACAUACCUACUCCUCAAAGUGCAAACUGGAGUACCAGGCCUGUGUAUCGGGGAAGCAGAUAUCGGUAAAGUGUACGGGCCAAUGUCCCUGCCCCUCCAGCAAGUCAAGGAACAGAGUGGAGAAGAAAGUUUGCAGCGAUGUGGAGCUCAGGGAGGUGGUGAACCGAUUAAGGGACUGGUUUAAAGUGCUUCAUGAAAACGGAGACCAGAACAAAAAAGCAAAGAUUCAAAGGCCGGAUCGAAGCCGGUUUGACACUAGUAUUUUGCCCAUAUGUAAGGACUCACUGGGCUGGAUGUUCAACAGACUGGACACAAACUACGACCUCCUUCUGGAUCAGUCCGAGCUCCGUAGCCUCUAUCUGGACAAGAAUGAGCGCUGCACCAGGUCAUUCCUCUCCUCCUGCGACACGUACAGCGACGGGGUCAUCUCCAACAACGAGUGGUGCUCCUGCUUUCAGAGACAGCAGGAUCCCCCUUGUCGGUCUGAGCUGGCCAGCAUUAGCAAACAGCAUUCUGGAAAGAAACUCCUGGGGCUGUAUGUCCCAUCCUGUGAUGAAGAUGGAUAUUACAAGUCUCAUCAGUGUCACGGGAGCAGCGGCCAGUGCUGGUGUGUCGAUAGAUAUGGAAAUGAGGUUGCCGGGUCACGGACUCAUGGGCCAACAGACUGCGGUGUCGAAUUGGAGUCCUCUGGUGAUUUUGGCAGUGGAGAUUUAUACAAACUCUCUGAUGACGAGGACGAUGAAUCUGAGGUUUUCAAUGACGAAGAUGAAAUGAUCGAUGACGAGGAGGAUGAUGGUGACGACGAAGACGAUGAUGACGCAUAUGUGUCCUAAUCCUCACAGUUCACAAACUUGUUUCUUGAUCAAAUUGCACGUUUCUAGGUGACAACCCGGGCAGAUUACUCACCAUAAUAGCAGCUGAAGGAUUUAUAUUCAGUGUGUACAAUUUGUAUAAGCAAAUUACAAAUUUUC